AUGGAUGAGAACAGAAAAGGAAAAAGGUUUAAUGUACAUUUUCCAAAGAAAAGAAUAAUUAAAGCAUGUACAUCCAGACAGUGUAGCAAGUACUUCAAAAAGAGAUUACAGCUCUUUGUGCGUCAAAAAGUACACAGAGGCAAGGAACCUUUUGAAUGUUCAGAGUGUGGGAAGAGAUUCAAUCACAAUAGCACUCUUCAAUGUCAUCAAAGAACCCACACAGGGGAGAAACUUUUUGCAUGUUCAGAGUGUGGGAAGAGAUUCAGUAAUAGUGGCAAUCUAAAACGGCAUCAGAGAACCCACACAGGGGAGAAACCUUUUGCUUGCUCAGAGUGCGGAAAGAGAUUCAAUCACAAUAGUACUCUUCAAUGUCAUCAAAGAACCCACACAGGGGAGAAACCUUUUGAAUGCUCUGAGUGUGAAAAGAGAUUCAGUCACAGUGGCACUCUUCAGCAACAUCAAAGGACCCACACAGGGGAGAAACCUUUUGCAUGCUCAGAGUGUGGAAAGAGAUUUAGUCGAAGUCGUGAUCUUCAGCGGCAUCAGAGAACCCACACAGGGGAGAAAGUUUUUCAAUGCUCAGAGUGUGGAAAGAGAUUCAGUCAGAGCAGCACUCUAAAACUGCAUCAGAGAACCCACACAGGGGAGAAACCUUUUAAAUGCUCAGAGUGUGGAAAGAGAUUCAGUCUAAGUGCAUCUCUUCAACUGCAUCAGAGAUCCCACACAGGGCAAAAACCUUUUGCAUGCUCAGAGUGUGGAAAGAAAUUCAGUCAGAGUUUCUCUCUUCAUCGGCAUCAGAGAAUCCACACAGGGGAGAAACCUUUUGAAUGCUCAGAGUGUGGAAAGAGAUUCAGUCAGAGUAGCCAUCUUCAGCAGCACCAGAGAACCCACACAGGGGAGAAACCUUUUGUAUGCUCAGAGUGUGGAAAGAGAUUCGGUCGAAGUGCAUCUCUUCAACUGCAUCAGAGAUCCCACACAGGGCAGAAACCUUUUGCAUGCUCAGAGUGUGGAAAGAAAUUCAAUCUAAGUGUGUCUCUUCAUCAGCAUCAGAGAAUCCACACAGGGGAGACACCUUUUGAAUGCUCAGAGUGUGGAAAGAGAUUUAGUCAAAGUGUGUCUCUUCAUCUGCAUCAGAGAACCCACACAGCAGAGAAACCUUUUGCAUGCUCAGAGUGUGGAAAGAGAUUCAGUCGAAGUGCAUCUCUUCAACUGCAUCAGAGAACCCACACAGGGGAGAAACCUUUUGAAUGCUCAGAGUGUGGAAAGAGAUUCAGUCACAGUGGUGAUCUUCGAAAGCAUCAGAGAACCCACACAGGGGAGAAACCUUUUGCAUGCUCAGAGUGUGGAAAGAGAUUCAGUCACAGUAGCCCUUUUCGAAAGCAUCAGAGAACCCACACAGGGCAGAAACCUUUUGAAUGCUCAGAGUGUGGACAGAGAUUCAGUCAGAGCAGCACUCUAAAACUGCAUAAAAGUACCCACACAGGGGAGAAACCUUUUGUAUGCUCAGAGUGUGGAAAGAGAUUCGGUCGAAGUGCAUCUCUUCAACUGCAUCAGAGAUCCCACACAGGGCGGAAACCUUUUGCAUGCUCAGAGUGUGGAAAGAAAUUCAGUGUAAGCGUGUCUCUUCAUCGGCAUCAGAGAAUCCACACAGGGGAGAAGCCUUUUGAAUGCUCAGAGUGUGGAAAGAGAUUCAGUCUGAGUAGCAAUCUUCAGCAGCACCAGAGAACCCACACAGGGGAGAAACCUUUUGCAUGCUCAGAGUGUGGAAAGAGAUUCAGUCGGAGUAGCCAUCUUCAACGUCAUCAGAGAACUCACACAGGGGAGAAACCUUUUGAAUGCUCAGAGUGUGGAAAGAGAUUCAGUCAGAGUAGCACUCUAAAACUGCAUCAGAGAACCCACACAGGGGAGAAACCUUUUGAAUGUUCAGAGUGUGGGAAAAAAAUUAGUUACACAGGCACUCUAAAACAGCAUCAGAGAAUGCACACAGGGGAGAAACCUUUUGAAUGCUCAGAGUGUGGAAAGAGAUUCAGUCGGAGUGACCAUCUUCAACGGCAUCAGAGAACUCACACAGGGGAGAAACCUUUUGAAUGCUCAGAGUGUGGAAAGAAAUUCAAUUUCAGUGGCACUCUAAAACUACAUCAGAGAACCCACACAGGGAAGAAACCUUUUGAAUGUUCAGAGUGUGGAAAGAGAUUCAGUCAGAGUAGCCAACUUCAACGGCAUCAGAGAACCCACACAGGGGAGAAAUCUUUUAAAUGUUCAGAGUGUGGGAAGAGAUUCAGUCGCAGUGAUACUCUAAAACUACAUCAGAGAACCCACACAGGGGAGAAACCUUUUAAAUGCUCAGAGUGUGGCAAGGGAUUUAGUCGUAGUAGCCAUCUUCAACUUCAUCAGAGAACCCACACAGGGGAGAAACCUUUUGAAUGUUCAGAAUGUGGAAAAAAAAUUAGUGAGAGAGGCGCUCUAAAACAGCAUCAGAGAACGCACACAGGGGAGAAACCUUUUGAAUGCUCAGAGUGUGGAAAGAGAUACAGUCGGAGUGGCCAUCUUCAACGGCAUCAGAGAACUCACACAGGGGAGAAACCUUUCGAAUGCUCAGAGUGUGGAAUGAGAUUCAGUCAGAGUAGCCAUCUUCAACUGCAUCAGAGAACCCAUACAGGGAAGAAACCUUUUGAAUGUUCAGAGUGUGGGAAAAGAUUCAAUUUCAGUGGCAAUCUAAAACAACAUCAGAGAACCCACACAGGGGAGAAACCUUUUAAAUGCUUAGAGUGUGGAAAGAGAUUUAGUUAUAGUAGCCAUCUUCAACUGCAUCAGAGAACCCACACAGGAGAGAAACCUUUUGAAUGUUCAGAAUGUGGAAAAAAAUUUAGUGAGAGAGGCACUCUAAAACAGCAUCAGAGAAUGCACACAGGGGAGAAACCUUUUGAAUGCUCAGAGUGUGGAAAGAGAUUCAGUCAGAGUGGCCAUCUUCAACUGCAUCGGAGAACCCACACAGGGAAGAAAUCUUUUAAAUGUUCAGAAUGUGGAAAGAGAUUCAGUCGAAGUGGCCAUUUUCAGCGGCAUCAGAGGACCCACACAGGAGAAACCUUUUGAAUGCUGAGAGUGUGGAAAGUGAUUAAGUUGGAGUGGCCAUCUUGAACUGCAUCAAAAAAUCCGCACAGGGAGAAAUCUUUUACAUGCUCAGAUUGUGGAAAGAGAUUCAAUUGGAGUGGCUCUCUUCAUCUGCACCAGAGAACCCACAUGGGGAAAACUUCUUUGAAUGCAAAGAGAUUCACUUGGCAUGGAUAUCUUCAACAGCAUCUUAAGAAUCCACACAAGGAGAAACUGUAACGGCUUAGCCUAUCAAAAGAGCUUUUCUAGAAAGCUUGAAUGUACACAGAAAUUUUACGCUAAACAGGACGAAAUGUUAAAAAUGGUCAGACUAUGGCAGGAGAUUUAGCCAUGUCUGGAGACCUCAAACACAUCCCACUGUCCCACAUGCUGUUAAAGGGACACCACUUUUUACCUCCAGGCAGUUGGCAACCCUAGAUUAAGCGUUUCUUUAUGAAUCAGGGGACUGCUAAGGAAAAGUCAGAGCUCAUUAAAGAGAUUAUUAUUUCUUGCUAGUAAAUCAGACUUUGUGAAUUGUAAGCCUAAAUGCCCUCAAAACGAGGUUGGGGAAUUAGUUAGGUGGGCACCUGGCUCACUCGGAAUCUUUUUACCAAUGUAUACAAGGUUUAACUAACCAGAGAGUGAUGCUUAAAUAAAGAAUUCUAAUUUAAUAAAA